AAUGGAUGAUAAACUGGUUCAUGUACUGUGCUGUUUCAGGGAAGCGGAAGCGUGCAAUGCCAUCGCCGCUGCCCUUGGAGGUGCCAAAGGAGAUGUUGAAAAGAGGGACAUCUGUCGGCGAGAGAAUAGUAAAGUAGUACGACAUUGCGGGCUACGUGAGGUUAAAUUCACUACACAGAGACACAACAUGCCACCGCCGACGCUCUCCUAUGGGCUAAACCUGCCGAAUAAGAAGCCCCUAGGGAGGCCAGCGCCCGGAGGGCAGAAACGGAAGAAGACGAUCUUCGAUUCGGACUCGGAAGAUGAGCAGCGCGAUGACGGGAACGGCGCAGAGCAGAUCUCGACGCUGGGUGGUCUCGAGUCGUCACAGCCAGCUGCCAGACUGACAGGGCCACCUGCGAAGCGGAAGCCGAUACUCGGUGGGAAGCCGACGCUGAAACCGCUCGGCAAGAACUCAGUGUUUGCGGAUCCCGACGAGGAGGAAAACGGUCAAAUGGAGGAGGCAAGGGCGUACGGCCUGGAGACAACAAAAAAGGAGUACACGAAUCUGUCGGCUCUGCACAGUAGCAAGAAACACGCGCAAGAAGCACAAGACGUCGACCCGUCGAUCUACUCGUACGAUGCCGUGUACGACAGCCUCCACGCGAAGGCUGGCGGGACGGCCGCCUCGCAGCCCGGCAGCAAGACCGAGACACCCCGAUAUAUGACCAACCUGCUGCGGAGCGCGGAGAUCCGCAAGCGCGACCAGAUGCGGGCGCGCGACCGGCUGCUCGCCAAGGAGCGCGAGGCGGAGGGCGACGAGUUCGCCGAUAAAGAGAAGUUCGUGACGGCCGCGUACAAGAAGCAGCAGGAGGAAAUCCGACGGCUCGAAGCUGAAGAGGAACAGCGCGAGAAGGAGGAAGAAGAACGAAGACGACGUAACGGCGGCGCAGGCAUGGUCGGCUUCUACCGUGACAUGUUGGCGCGUGGCGAGCAGCGACACGAGGAGGUCGUCAAGGCCGCCGAGGAAGCAAGUCGACGGGUGCAAGCGGGAGAAGUUCAAGAAGCAGAAAGAGAAGAAAGAGAAGAAGAAAAAGAAGCCAAAGCCAAGUCCCAGGCGCAGGUCGCCGCAGAGCUCAACGCCCGGGGCGCCAACAUCGCCGUCAACGACGAAGGUCAGGUCGUCGACAAACGUCAACUCCUCACCGCGGGUCUCAACGUCGCUCCCAAACCCAAACAGGCCGUAUCAAGCGCUACAUCUGCUGCUGCUUCUGCAUCUGCUGGUCGUGGAGUAGGCCGGACACCCCGUGGCGCCGAGGCAUUCUCUUCCCGCGCGGCACAGCGUGCCCGCCAGACAGAGAUGAUCGCCUCGCAACUCGAGGCACAGGCUCAACAGACCGAACAGGCCGAGACUGCUGCCCGCAAGGAGCUCGCGGAGCGCAACCGUAGCCAGAAAACAGAGGGCGACGUUUCGAGCGCGCGCGAGCGAUACCUGGCGAGAAAGCGCGAGCGCGAGGCUGCAAAGUAGAAAUUUAUUCUACUUUCUACUUUCUUCUUUCUACUUGAUAUGAUGGCGUUGGUGGAUGGGUUACUUGUAUGAUACUGAGCUCAGGCUUCUAUUCAAACUAACACUAUUUAUUCCAUUUUCUCUCUU